UCUGUAAGUUAACUCCACCAAUGUGAAUGUAGUUACAUUAUGCCAGGGAUUACAUAAUCAACAUAUGAAUUCCUUAUCCCUUUCAUCUGCAGGCAAAGAGACCAGGCCAGCAGACAGGUUCCAGCUCACCUUCCCUCUUAGGACCAACUACAUGUACGCCAAAGCCAAGAGGACUCUCCCCGAGAUGUACUCCUUUAGCGUGUGUCUGUGGAUCAAGUCCAGCGCCUCACCCGGCCUGGGGACGCCCUUUUCCUACGCAGUUCCAGGCCAAGCCAACGAGCUGGUGCUGAUCGAGUGGGGGAACAACCCCAUGGAGUUCCUUAUCAACGACAAGGUUGCAAAACUGCCGUUCAGCAUCAACGACGGAAAGUGGCAUCACCUCUGCAUCACGUGGACCAUUCGCGACGGGAUAUGGGAGGCCUUCCAGGACGGAGUGAAGCAGGGCCACGGGGAGAACCUGGCACCGUAUCACCCUAUCAAAGCAGAUGGAGUUCUGGUUCUGGGACAAGAGCAGGACUCGCUGGGUGGAGGCUUUGAUGCAACACAAGCAUACGUUGGCGAACUCGCACACUUAAACAUCUGGAACAGGAAACUCUCAGCCACUGAAAUCGCCAACUUGGCAAACUGCAACAGCAAAGCGUUUGUCGGUAACGUCUUCUCCUGGACAGAGAGCAACAUUGAAAUAUUUGGCGGUGCCACCAAAUGGACCUUCGAGCCGUGCAGCUCAAUCAACUGAGUCGCAGCUUCUUGCUUCAGAAAAGAAAAGAAAAAAAAAGGCCUCCGUGUAUUUCUGAGCUUUUGUCGUUCCUGUCCUCAUUUGACCUUUGUUUAGAGAGUAAUUGGUAAGCUUAAAUCUGGGAUUUAUGUCAUUCUUAGGUAUUCCUGUGCAAAAAACAACGCCUCCAAACUUGAGAAGGGGGAGGAAAAA